AAUACCGUUUUCACAGUGAAGCACGGUGGGGCCAGCAUCAUGCUGUGGGGAUGUUUUUCAGUAGUAGAAACUGGGCGACUAAUUAUGAUAGAGGGAAAGAUAAAUGCAGAAAUGUACAGGGACAUUCUAGAUGAAAACUGCUCUAGAGCGCUCUUUAACUCAGCAGGACUUGGACCCUAAGCACACAGCCAAGAUAUCAAAGGAGUGGCUUCAGGACAACUCUGUAAAUGUCCUUGAGUGUCUCAGCCAGAGUCAAGACUUGAAUCCCAUUGAACAUCUCUGGAGGGAUCUGAAAAUGGCUGCACUGAUGCUUACCAACCCACAAGAUGGAGCUGAAGAGGUGCUGCAAAGAGGAACGGGAAAAACUGCCCAACGAUAGGUGUGCCAAGCUUGUGGCGUUGUAUUCAAAAAGACUGCAAUGGCUGCCAAAGAGAUUGCAGAAUGUUUAUCAAAGAAGGGCAGUCACUUCAACACCUUUGGAGGGAAUCCAGUGGCUUGUUCCAUUGCUUCAUCCGUCCUUGAUACAAUCAAAGAAGGCGGCACGCAGCAAAACAGUCUGAAGGUCGGCACCUACCUUAUGGUGGAACUUGCCAAACUCAGAGACGAGUAUGAGGUCAUCGGUGACGUCCGAGGCAAAGGCCUGCAGAUCGGUGUUGAAAUGGUCCAAGACAAGGCCAGCAGAGCCCCUCUAUCAUCUCAGGACAUGAAUCAGCUCUUUGAGGACAUCAAGGACAUGGGCGUCCUCAUUGGAAAGGGUGGGCUGUAUGGACAGACCUUCCGCAUUAAACCACCCAUGUGCAUAACCUUGGAGGAUGCCAAUUUCUUCCUGUCCGUCUUUAACAAGUCCAUCCAGAACUACAUGGAGAGAAGAUAACGUUUCACAUGAAGCAAAUAAAAGAGAUGGUGUCAUCAA